CUGCAGCUGGGAAUGAAGGUGGCCCUUUAAACACCAUCAACAUCUACAGCCGUUUCUGAUUUCAGUCUCAGGCAAGACGAUAUACGUCUUUUACACCAUCUUCAUCUCGGAAACUUGUUUCCUUUUGGUUGGUAAUUUAUCCGAGGUUGCUUCAUACAAGGUUACACGUUGCAUCGAAUAAAUCAACGAACAUCUUUGCUGGAAAUAUACAUUUUUAUUUUAAGGAGAGCAUGGCUGGUCUUUUGUUAAUAUUAGGGUCUGCUGCUACAUUUAUCGAUAGUAUCCCAAAUAUCACAGGAGGUAGCAGCUAGAGCAAAGGAAAACCCGAUUUCUUAAUCGUCAAACCUUUCUACAACUUAUAAAAGUAAUAUAAUUGUUUUCUGUUACUUAAAUCAACAUCUAUUGAGACGUAUAGAGGCGCAAUGGGGGAGCUGGGUUAUCUGCAAAUGAACUAAUAAUCGUUAAUUCCGCGCUGAAAAACAGAAGAAAUACAAGAUAUCGGCAGCUGAAACGUUGUUUCUUCUUUCUACCUUUGAGUUUGAGCGUGGAGUUAACCUUUUUAAGUUUUACCACGUUACACUAAAUGCAAGGUCGAGCAUCACGGAGAGCCAGCAGAGGAGGGAAAGUAAUGUAAGAGGCGCAGACAACUUCAAAACAGCCGUGCAAAGCACAAGCAACAGGUGAGGUCGGCCAGGAAAAAAAUAAACGAGCAGUCCUGCAGUGAGGCUGGGAGUCCUCCUCGGCUGAGGGCGCUGUUCCCGUUUGUCUUCGCGCAGCGCGAUUGGUUGCCGUGCAGUUCGCACAGCAUCCAGGACGAUGAGGAAAUGGCUAGCUGAGCCGUGAUGGACCUGUUCGAAAGCGGCGAAAGUCGCAGCUAUGGGAAAGCGGAGAGAGGCGCUGAGGUGGUGGCCAGCCGGGUGCCGUGGGCCCGCUUCUCCUCUUGGCUGGAGUGCGUGUGCGUUGUCACCUUCGACCUGGAGCUCGGGCAGGCCAUCGAGCUUGUGUAUCCCCAUGAUGUUAAACUAACAGAGAAAGAAAAAACAAGCAUUUGCUACUUGUCCUUUCCAGACUCCUACUCAGGUUGUCUUGGAGACACCCAGUUCAGCUUUAGAGUGCGUCAGUCAGUGGGACAGAAGACAUCAUGGUUUCGAGAUGAGGAUGCUUACAACAGAGAUGCACCCGUGACGCUACAGAGAGAACUGGCACAUUACUAUGGCUAUGUAUAUUUCAGACAAGUUAAGGAUGUGUCUGUGAAGAGAGGAUAUUUCCAAAAGUCUCUGGUUCUGGUUUCCAGGCUGCCCUAUGUCAAUCUCUUCCAGUCUCUGUUGCAGCUGAUUGCUCCGGAAUACUUUGAGAAACUAGAGCCCUGCCUGGAGGCAGUGUGCAAUGAGAUUGAUCAGUGGCCUUCUCCAGUGCCAGGACAGACACUGAAUCUGCCAGUGAUGGGAGUAGUAUUGCAGGUCAGGAUCCCUUCGAGGAAUGACAAGCCUGGGGCCAGUCCUCUGAAGCAGUCGUACAAGGAGAACCUUCUUCCAGCUCCCAUGGUCCUACCUACAGUCCAUGAGCUAGACGUAUUCAAGUGUUUCCAGUCAAUCCUGAUUCACAGUCAGAUGCUCUGGGAGCUGAUGUUACUAGGAGAGCCUGUUGUUGUCAUGGCAUCAUCCCCAACAGUUUCCUCAGAAACUGUACUGGCCCUUAUCAGCUGUGUGAGUCCGCUAAAAUACUGCUGUGACUUUCGACCUUACUUCACAAUUCAUGACAGCGAAUUUAAAGAGUACACAACCAGGACUCAGGCUCCACCAAAUGUGAUCCUGGGAGUUACAAACCCCUUUUUCAUCAAGACCUUCCAGUACUGGCCUCACAUCAUUCGCUUAGGAGAUCUCAAGAUGUCAGGGGAUUUGCCAAAACAAGUGAAAGUGAAGAAACUGGCAAAACUAAAGACACUAGAUACAAAGCCAGGUAUUUAUACAGCUUACAAAACAUUUCUUCACAAAGACAAGGCCCUAAUUAAAAGACUGUUAAAAGGAAUUCAAAGGAAGAGACCAUCAGAGGUACAGAGUGCAAUUCUGAGGCGCCAUUUCCUAGAGCUCACACAGAGCUUCAUUAUUCCACUGGAGCGUUAUGUAGCAAGCCUGAUGCCUCUCCAGAGAGCUGUGACGCCUUGGAAAAACCCUCCUCAAAUCCGGUCCUUCAACCAGGAGGAGUUCAUGAAGACGCUGGAGCACGCAGGACCUCAGCUCACUUCUGUGCUGAAGGGAGACUGGCUGGGCCUGUAUCGGAGAUUUUUCAGGUCCCCAAACUUUGAUGGCUGGUAUCGCCUUCGACACAAAGAAAUGACCCAAAAACUGGAGUGUCUUCACUUGGAGGUUAUCUGCGAGGCCGACUUGCUGGCUUGGAUUAAAGAUAAAUCCGAAGUAGAGAUCGUGGACUUAAUCCUGAAACUGCGAGAAAAGCUGAUGAGAGCCCACCGCCAGCAGCUGCCAGUCAAGGAGGAGAUGCUGCAGAGACUGGAGCUCUACAUCCAGACCAUCAUCAGCUCCCUUCCAGAGGACUUACAGGCCGUCCUCCGGCGCCACUGACCAGAUGCGGCUGAGCUUUACCGGAUCCUCCAAUAGUUUGCCUGCGUUCCACAAGUAUCAGCCCUCCUCCCUCUUUUUUUAGUGCCGUAUACUCCCAUGGUCUUUAAAGUGCAAAUUCCACCCAUGCCGUUAUACUAACCAUUCAUUUUUUUUAUUUCAUUUUUUAAUAUUUAGAUAACAUGGAACGUGUUUAGAAUUAGAGGAGCACCCCCUAAAUAAAAAGAAUAUUAGGGAUUUAGAAUGUAGCAAGAGAUCAAAGUAAAACGUUUUUAAUCAUUUUGAUAUGAUUUAAUAAAAGGUUGAGGCUAGGUAGGAUUAGCAUUGGUAGUUGAACAGGUGCUGUAGUUUUGUAUCUUAAAUUAUUAAAGGGUUGAAUAUUCUAAGGAAAAACUCUUUCCUUACUUAGUGCUAUGUGAGUUCGUUUACCAGAGUCAUUUACUGACAGCCAUGAGCAGUUAUAUACCUCAUGAAACUAAUUUAUGACAUGUGCUUUGUAAAAUAACACUAGUAAUGUAUUCAGUCCUUGGUUUAGGGAGAAAUUUAAAUAAAAAAUUGUAGUUUCCAUCCAAUAUUAUUGCAAGUGUGAAAUUUAAAGACCGUUAUAGUUAUUAUUAAAUAUUGCUCUCCACCACAAUUGAUUUUAGCGAUUUUCGCCUACUGUGUAUGAAUACACUAGCGUGUUGUACUGUAUAAAUAGUAAAAAAAAAUAACUAGGUUGCCUUA